AUGGAGCUGAACGCGUGUGCUCAGUGCGGCUUCACAACCACCAACUUCUUCGAGUUCACUUCUCAUAUUGGUAUGAAAAAUUGCAUUCUUCUUUUUUCAAACCGUAUGAUUCUCAGAACAACACGAGUGUGAGAUGAACAAUGACGUGAAAGAGGCAACAGAAGAGGUGAAUUUCACUUGGUUUAAAAUGAACAAAAGUAAAUUGAUUAGAAAAAAACUUGCGUAGCAAACCCCAAAGGGACGCUUCAAGCAGCCAUUUUUACUUAUAAUUUAAUUUGAAAAAGUUGUGUGAAAAAUUCAUUUUUUAGAAGCGUUGGGAAGAUCAAUCGCCGUCGCCUUCCCCUCCAUAUUCUCCAAUUUCGGCAGAAGACGCCAAAGAUUUCCCGAAAACUCCGUCUCCGCCGAAAAUUGACGAAGACGCAGAAGUUUCUACUGUCAUCAAAUGUUAAUUUCUGGAAAGUCGAUCAAAAUUGAAAGUGUUUUUCAGCUUCUUUCUCUUCUCCGGAAAGUACGCCAUCGGCCAAAAGUGCAAAAAGGACUCACACUUGCCCGUUUUGUAACUUCACUACAUGCAUGUCGCAACACAUGAAAAGCCACUUGGUAAAUAAAAUUUAUUUUAUUUGGAAAAAAUUGGAAAUUCUCGUAUAAGAUCGUUUGCCAAAGUCUUCGGCAGCUUCCAAGGGUCUUUUGUAUGCCAACUCUCUUUUGACCGUGUCUUACCCUCCCUUUCUUCACGAGCCUCUCCGCCAGUAUUGUUUAAAGAGCUUCUGACCAGCGUUCCGGCACUCUCUCGUUUGUCCAAAAUCCCUCAUCAGAAUAUGGACACAACAAUAUUGAGACGCCUCGCCAUAAAGUAAACAAGUCACUUGAUUUCACGGAGACGGUAAAUUUGGGAUUCUCGAGUUGGGAAAACACUGACUAUUCGUGUCAUCCAUCAACGAUCAAUAUUUUGAUGAUGUCGGUUUCAGGAAGCCCACGAGCGUCAUCAAGGUCAGAUGUACCAGUGCGACAUUUGUCAGAUGCAGUUCAGCCAGAAGGUCCUAAAGAAAAAAUCUGAGAGUUUUCAAGGCUCAGUUUUUAGGCCAACAUGCAUCGACAUAGGAUGCGUCAUAGCGGUGUCAAACCAUACGAAUGUCGUUUCUGCAAGAAGCGUUUCUUCCGCAAAGAUCAGGUAGAUUUUUGAAAUUUCAGUUCUAGCGACUCUCUCAGUUUUGGCGCCAAUUUAUGCAUGUUCCGUUAAAGAAGUUUUUGUUGCCAAUGGUGUGAAAGGCGCAAAGAAAGGGAAAUGAAAGAAAACGAGACGGCAGCUAAAUGCUUGCGCGGGUCCAAGGUCAAGUUGGAACAGGACGAAAUGUGUGCGCGCCGUAUCCAUCGCAAAACGGUCUUCCAGGAGCAGCACAUAGUUUCGUUUGCGCCUGCGCCUCCUGGCAGCCGCGUGAUGUUUUUUUCUCUGGGAAGCAAGGUCGCGACGCCGGAAUCACCCUAGGAGUCGCUCCCAGAUUGCGCAAGGAAGACCUUGACGCUAAGCGAAGCACGCUCAUAAAGAAGAACAGGACUUCGGAGACGCCAUUGGCGCUGCCGCCGUCGCUUUCUUUUUCUCCCAUCACCCCCAGGUUUUCCGAAAAAAAAAAUUUGUCUUACGCCUGUCUCGUUUCCUUCUUCAGCCGGUGGCGAUGAAGGCGAUUUUGAACUCGGUUUCAGAAGAUGAAAAAGGGACGGAAAGAAAUGUAUCACACAAAAAGCAAAAGUAAAAGCUCACAAAGGGGAAAAUUAAACAUUUAGCUAUGAAUAUGAUACUUAGAUCAGCUUUUUUUACUUUUUUUAACAAGUCAAACAUUUUUUUAAGUUUACAGAAUUUUUCAUAUGACUUAGGUAGAGAAAUUUUCCAGCGAAAUUUGAGGAAAUUAUUGAAUUCGAUCAACCGAUAAAUUCUUUCUUUAAAAUUGAAAGUUUUUUGAAAUUCAAAAAAAAUAUAUCAAUUGAAUAUUUCAACACCAACCCUGAAGAUUUCUCAUUUUUUUCGAAGAAGUUCUGUUUUUCUCUACUGUAAUCUGAAAGAAGACCAUCUCGCAACUCUGAAAAAAUCAUCUUUCACGUGAUUCUGAAACGGGGGAGAAGAAAUUGUUAAACUGAAGUGCGCGAUUUUUUUUUUCGAAUUUCCGCGUUUUCUCUUUCUUUGAAGUUCCCUGAAAAUGGUGAAAGAAGAAGAGCCAAAAAAUUGAAAUUAACAAAAAACUAUUUCAGAUGCAAGAGCAUUCGAUGACGCACAUCAAGACAGGAUUUGGCUUCGAUUGUCCUGUGGCUAACUGUGAGAUGCAGUUCUGUCAACAUGCCAUGCUUCGGUGAAUAAAUUGAAAUUCAUUUGAAUGUUUCGAUUUCGGAGGAUGCGAAAUAAUGAUUUUUCGAGUUGGGCCAUUUGGUAGAGCAGUGUUUCAAACCAGUAGUCUAAUAUUUGACCUUUUUCCGGAUUCAGCUCAAUGAUGAGCACUCAAACAAGAUCAGAUAGGAUAAUGGCUGAGAGUAGGCUUCAAAACUUCAAAAUCUCGACGAAAUCCUCAGAAUACUCCGAGAGAAGAUUUUGAUAAAAUCAAGAUUCAAUCUUCCGUUUUCAACUUCGAAAUUUUCAGGUCGCAUCUCGAUGAGAAGCACAACAUCACGCCAAGCUCGCAAGCUUCCUGCAAACGCUGUUCGCUGCUUUUCGCCAAUGCCAGGCGCCUGCUUCUCCACUAUCAGACAAGACAUGACGAGAGCGAGGUGAUAACAUCUUUCGGUCUCAUUGUUGCCAUUAGCGACUGCUCGAAAACAAGAGGACCGUCCUUAAUUGGCUUUUCCUUGUUUUUUUCGGAAAUAAUCAUUCCACGGACUAGGAGUCCCUAUAUUCAUAAACAUAUUUUGAGCAAAAUUUAAUGAUUCAACAUUGAUAAUAGGGAGCUGCAGAAAUCUACCAAGAAAUCAGAUUAGACAAAUUUUCACAAUACGGGUUCAAACUUAAGUAAAGUACUCGGAAAGGGAACGUAAUCUCAACAUCAUUGCGUAGUAGAUCAACUUGAAAAUGUGCCUGAAAAUUCGAAAUUAAAAGAGACAACUGUACAAAUGUGUCUGGUUAUAAGAAACUCGUAUAGAAUUGUAGACGCGUUCCCAAUGAAAAUAACAAGCCAUUCAUGCAAAUUUCAAAGCCAAACAAAGCAAUUAACACCCGUUGCUAGAAAAUAUCAAGAAAGACUUCAGGGAGCCGCACUUUCCCCGUCCGCGAAGAAGGAGCCGAGUGCGAAAAGACGCCGACUCAACACUGGAGCUCCAGUAGCCGUUCAUUCUCCGCAGCCGAUCCUUUCUGAGCAGCUGCAGCAAAUCACUAAGAAAGAGCUCAGUCCGCCCAACACUGACUCUUCCGACAAUUCUUCCAGUCCGGAGUACGAAGAGCAGGUGAGCUCAUGAUAGCAGUACAUCACAGCAACUAACAAACUAACAAUGCGCAAGAAAAAAAAAAUUAUUACAAUCCGCUUUUUGGAUCUUUCUGAAAAAAUUCUCUUUUUGAAAGUUGGAAAGUUUUGCAGGUUGAAAUCUUUAAGACUACCUCUAAUGAAAAUAUUUGAGCAAGCUCACCGAAAAUUCAAAGAUUAUGAAAAAGAAUGACCCACACAGACAGAAAUUACACUUAGCAAGGAAAAAAAUUUAUUAAAUAAGAAUGUUGAAUGUGAACUUUUUGCAAGCUCUAGUAAUUUAACUUUGCAUCAAAACUUUUUCUUUUUCUUUUUUUUUCUUUUAGUAUCCCCUUUUUUCAGUUUCAAACAACCAACUAUCCGAUAACUAGUCAAGACUUGCUCAUGAUGUGUCUGACUGGAGCUGCCAUGCACACAGAGCCGACCAAGUCAUCCGCCAGCGCUUCUCCAACGGUAAUUUUCUAUUCAGAACUUUUUCUCUAUCUCAAAAAACUUUCAGGUCUCCAAAGCUGCCUCUGCAGAGCCAGAGCCAAACACGCCGAUUUGGCCAGAAGCCAGCUCUGCGAUGAGCUGUGGAUCAGCAAGCGCGACAAGUCCAAUCAACGUGUCGUUCUCUCCUUCGAAUGAAAGCACAAGCCGCGCAAGUUUGAUUUCCGAGGAGAACAAAGCACCAUCUCCUCCAGCUCCUACUGACGGAAAGGUUCGGUUGUUUAGAUUUUGCGCCGGAAAAGACAAAGCCGCGAAGAACUGAAAAAAACUUUGCACUGAGCGAUUUGAAAAGCGGCGCUGCCACAAUGAGACAAUGUAAUGAAAACGAAGAAGUUGAGAAAUCUUCCUUUGUUCGAAAAAAGUAGAAAGUUGCGAUUUGAACUUCUCCAGUCAGGGAUUAAACAAAUAAAGCUUUUUUUUCGAAGAUCUAUCUCUGAAAAAAAAAAUUAAAUUUCACGGGUGUGAACCGUAGUGACGCAAAAUCUUCUCUUUUUUCGUACCCAAAAAGAGGAUUUCUUGUGACAAGGGAACUCUUGCUUAAUACAUAUAGCAAAAGUUCAGGUGAAAGUCAGGUUGAAUGGAAAAGAUUUUGUUCACAGAGACCUUCUGAUAAUUGAACUUCUGUAAUUUUUGGAUUUUUCAACACGUUUUGAGAUAUGAAAUGUUUCAGAAUUCAAUAUGGCGUUUUAUGAAUCUUUUUUGACUUCAUAGUGGCAUUCACUAUCUCUAUUUUCGAACGUUCAAUUGGUCUCAUGUCAUAUUCAGCUUUUCAUUUUCUCGUAAUUGUUAGUUCAAAAAUUGAAAAUUCCAGAGAACUUCUGCAGAAAGUUUCGUUUGAACUUUGUAACAAGAAUUGCUCAUUUUUUUAUUUAAGGAGUGCUCUCACUGCGGAAUCGUCUUUUUCGACAACACGAUGUACUUGUUGCACAAGGGACUGCACAGUGAGAAGAAUCCGUGGCGCUGCUCCUUGUGCGGAUUGGAUUGCGGCGAGAAGUACAUGUUCACGACCCACACCAUCUUCGCGGAUCACUCCAAGUGCACCGAGAUCCAUCAGACGACCGGGCCUCUGCUUGCCAACUAA